AUGGCCCCAAGACGAGCAGUUGCCGAUGCCUCACCGAGCUCGCAACGCCGACUCCGGCUCUCUGAAGACCUGCCACCUCAAGGUCACCGGAUCUCCCGUCAGAGAGACCAGAGAUACACGAGAAAAGAAAUACAGCGGGCAAAGAUUCUACUGGAAAAACAUUUGUGUUCAGAAAAAGAAGAGACGGAUACAGAUGCCGACACCGAUACUGACGCCGACACGCGGUGGGAGCGAAGAACUCGUGGAGACGCAAAGGCGUUGUGGGUCGAGCAGCUUUAUCGCUAUGAGGAAUUGUGA